AUGGCGGGGCACGCUUGGCGACUGCCGGCGUUGGUGUUGGUGGCUGCCGUAAGCCUGGCUGGCGCCGAGACGGAGGUCGGCGGCAUCUACAGCCAACGGACGCGCUGGGGGCUGUCGCGCUCGCCGUACGUGGCCAGCAGUGACGUGCUGGUGGAGGCGUCGGGUGCUCUGGAGAUCGAGGCGGGCGUAGUGGUGCGCUUCCGGCCCGGCAUCGGGCUGACGGUGCGAGGCGGCCGCCUGCUGGCCAGGGGCAAGGACAGAGAACCGGUCGUCAUGACGACCACGGUGGAUGAGGUGGACGCACUGCCCGGCGCCUCGCUGCGGCUAGUGGACGGCCCGUCGCCCUGGGAGGGCCGGGUCCAAGUCUUCCACAAGGACCACUGGCGGUCCGUUUGCACCAACUCCAGAAAUGACUCACUCUGGAGCGGGUGGAAGUCGAGCUGGACGGCCGCCGACUCCAGAGUAGCGUGCCGCCAGCUGGGUCUCACCGGCGGACACUACGCCGACUGGUACCCCUGGCUCAACGGCACGCGACGACUGCUGUACGAGCGGCCCGGCUGCGACGGCUCGGAGGCGCGCGUCCAGGACUGCCGCUGGAGCAGCCGCGCCAUGGGCGCCGGCAUCUGCGAUGAGCACGCCGACCUGGCGCUGCGCUGUCUGCCGGUGUUCGAUGCCAGCCGGCCGGCGUCGCAGUGGCGCGGCGUCCGGUUCGAGCACGCCGCCCACGACAAGAUGCUCACCGCCGGCGACACGCUGUACGAGAAGUUCUCCCAGUCGAAGCUCUACCACCUGGAAGUGCUACACGCGGGCAUGGGGCUCGACAGACAGGUGCAUGCGGCGAUCGAGAGCGAGGGCGUGCCACCGCAGAUGUACGGCGUCACGGUCCGCCACUCGGCCGGCGGCGGUAUCAACAUCACGGCGCCAGACUCCUUGGUCAACAUCAACAACUGCACCGUCGAACACAACGCUGGCACCGGUAUCUACGUCAACACAUCCACGGGCCUCGUGCACGUGCACGGCUGCCGGGUGCUGGGGAGCGGCGCCGACGGCCUGCGCCUGGUGCAGCACGACACGCAGACGCCGCGCCGCGAGGUGGACGGCACGGCCGUGGCCGACUUCUGCAGCUCGGGCACCAUCGCCCGCCAGAUCUUCCCACUCUACACCGUGGCGCAGCAGUUCAAGACCAGCCACCGACCGAUCCGGUGCCAGAAGCGUUUCAGCUCCCGGAUCGGGCUGGUGCUCACCGUCAACUUCCUGUAUCUGAUGAACGAAGCCAACGACGAUGCUGAGAUCAGUUUUUACGACGGGAAGUCGGAGGCGUCUCCACUGCUCGGUAGUUUCAAGGUACGCAACGGCAGUCGGCCGCAGAGUCUGGUGACCACCCGCAACCACCUGCUGGUCACCUUCUCCGCCCGCAACCGGACGCAGACGGAGGUGUUCAUGGCCGUCACGGCCGGACUCGGGAAAACGCACGAUCUGAACGUGUCUAGCUCGGACAUCUCUGACAACAAUGGACGCGGCAUCGCCGUGGAGAACCUGCGCUCGCUCGUGCACGUGCACAGCUCGGUCGUGUCCAACAACUCCCACGUGGCCGGCGUGCACGUGCGGGGCGGUGGCGGCGACGUCAACAUCACGUGGUCGCAGAUCACCGGCAACAACGGCGACGGCAUCAACAUCACCUACGCCGGCGGUGCGCAGAACAUCUCCUGGUGCGAGAUAGCGGACAACAGAGGCCGCGGCCUGUCACUGUGGUACAACGAGACCCGCGAGGUGGUGGCCUUCAGCCAGCAGCUCGUGUUGGCCUAUUCUAACUUCUCCGAGAACUGGCUGCAGGGUGCGUUCGUCGGCAACUUUUGCCGCGACUCGUUCGUCAACAUCAGCGGUAACGUGUUCCGGCGCGCGCGCCAGGACGCCGUGGACCUGUGGACGUGCCAGCGCUCCACGCGGGGUGCGUUGACGCUUCAGAUCGGCCACAACCGCUUCCUCAACAACGAGAGGCUGGCGGUCAACAUGGCUCCGGUGUCGAACGUGUUCGGUAACAUCGAGUACAACUACUUCGCGGACCAGCUGGUGGCGACGCUGAGGCUGUACAGCGGCGACACGCCGGCCGUCGAGAAGCUGCCGCUCCAACUCAACAUCACGCACAACUUUUUCGAGCGCAACGCCGGCAUGUACGUGGUGAACAUCGGCGCCUCUCAGUACGCGCACGACUCUGCUCAGCAGAUCCUCUUCACCAAGAACUUCUUGCAGAAGAACAAUGUGUCGGAGCCGUUUCCCAGCCUGAACCCGCGUAACCGCGUGGCGGCCGUGGUCACCGUCUCCUCAGCGUCGGCCGUCGUCUACCGCAACAUCCUGGAGAAUCCCGCCUCGCGCUACGAACUGGGUGUCCACUUCGAGGACCAGAGCGCCAACGCCAACUUCUCGCACAACUGGCUCGGCUUCAAGCGCUCCAACCAGGUGUACGACCGCGUGUUCGACCGCAAGGACCGCUACAACCUGGCCAAGGCCGACUUCGAGCCGUUCCUGCUGAGCGAGAACGACCCCAACUCGAUCCUGCUCUCGCUCAACGAGCAGUUCGUGCCGAGCUUCGGGCCGAACGAGCUGGGUGAGAUCGGCGGCGAGAUCGCCGGCCAGGUCAUCCUGCCCGACGGCACGUUCUCGGUCACCCGUGACAUCUACGUCAGGCCGGGCGCGCGCCUGACCGUGGCCUUCGGCGUGCGCCUCGAGUUUGAGCACAGCGUCGGUAUGAUGGUGGCCGGCCACCUGCACGCCGAGGGAUCCUCCAUGAGCGAGGAGAAGCGUGUCACGCUCAGUCUGCAGGAGCGUGACCAGCGGGACAACGUCAGCCUGGCGCCCGUCCGGCUGGUGGGCGGCCGCACCGAGCGCGAGGGCCGCCUGCAGGUGCUGCUGAACAACGAGUGGGGCACGGUGUGCGACCACGGCUGGAGCGUGCUGAAUGCGGCGCUGGUAUGCCGCCAGCUGGGCUGGGUGCUGAACCCGCUGGACUGGCGGCUGGAGCGGGCUCAGGUGCCGCUGGAGGGCCUCGACUCGCGCGUUCUCAUGAGCUCGGUGCGGUGUUCGGUGACCGACACGGACGUGACCCGGUGUCAGCACGAGUCGGCUGACGAGCUGGAGCGCACGUGCCCGCACGAGGCGGACGUGGCGCUGCGCUGCUCCGAUGUCAGCUGGGCCGGCGUCCGGUUCGGCCUGCCCGCCGAAAAGAACAUCCUGAAGAACGUCUGGCUGGAGCACGCCGGGCUGAUCGAUCACGCCACCUACACAUUCGGGCCUGCGCUGCGAAUGGACUUCAAUCACCACGUGCUGGAGUCGGUGGUGCUGACAAACAAUGACGGGGACGGCGUGGGCGUCAUGUUCUCCGACGUAUUCAAGAUCGACUAUGUCAACCACCUGAAGCGCGUCGAGGCUAAGAUGAACCGCGGCCACGGCAUCUCCAUGAGAACGCUCUGGAUGGAGAUGACAGACUGUCUGGUGGAGGAGAACGGCGAGUCGGGCCUGCACUAUGACCCGGCGCUGAGCCGUCACGAGCGGCGCGAGCUGCUUGGCUGGGUGGGCCUGGCGCGGGAGAGGCGUGUCAGCCUGCCGUCGGCCGCCACCCGGCUCGAGCUCGACCUCUACAAACCCACCUACCUGGUGACAGAAGGCAGCCAGGACGCCACCGAGCGCGUCUUCUACGUCACGACGUCGCGAGAGAACGUCAUCGGGAUCCAGGUGCUGAGUCCGGGCGCCGACGACUCGUCGGAGGACCUUCACAUCUACGACUUCUACGAGGUCCGACCCAGCGCUGUGACGUGGCAGCUGCGCCGGGACCUCCUGGCGUUCCCCAUCAGCUCGUCCAGCUACCAGAUCACGCUGCGGUACGUGACGCGCGGUCCAGCCAGCGGCGGCGUCGUCCUCCUCCUGACAGCCGUCAGACGCACUGACGUGCGGGAGGUUCGACCGACGUCGCUGCUCCGGUGGCGGCGGGCCUUGGGCAGGGUGCCGAGGCUGCGUGUGCGUAACUCGCUCAUCAGGAAGAACCGACACGGCCUCUCGGCAUUCUUCUACAACAGGUACCGCGGCGACCAGGGCGAGCUGUUUCUGCGCAAGGCCAACGCGUCGAUCGAGCUGUACGACUCGGAGAUAUCUGGCAGCCGCGAGGAAGCCGUCUUCUUGCUGUCGCCGUACCGAGAGGAUGUGUCGCGCAACAUCUCCGAGCUGACUGUCGUUAUCAACCGCACCAGGGUCGACAACAACGGCGCCGGCGUCCGGCAGUUCGCCAGGGAUCACUGGCUGUCCAACAACCUCUUCCACUGGGUAUUGGACAACAAUACCAUUACGUCCAACCGCCGUGGUGGCCUGGACCUGACGCUGCCGUUCGUGUGGCAGUACAACGAGAACUUCACCCACUCGGUCUACAUCGCCGACAACACGUUUUCCGCCAAUCGCGACUUCGAGGGCGUCAUCGGCGGCCACUUCGCGCGGCUGCAGCUGCUGCGCAACACGUUCUCGGACAACGUGUGUGGCCGGGACGCGGGCCUGCUGUCGGUGCGUGGCAUGGAGAAGGAGCUGCUGAUCGCGGGCAACACCAUGCGGCGCAACACGGGCCGGUUCAUGGUGCAGGUGGACAUCGACAGCCAGUCGGAGAUCCAGGGCCACGUCAGCGCCAGCCUCACGCGCAACGAGGUGCGCUUCAACGAGCAGCCGCUGACGGCCGCGGCGCCAUCCCUCCCGGCCAGCCACGUGAUCGAAGUGCGCGGCGUGCAGCGCGUUAACGUGACGCACAAUCUUUUCGGCCGCAACCAGAUGGAUUACGAGUUCCUGGCGGGCACGCGCUCCUCCAGUCUGGCAACCGAGCUGGUGGCCCGCCACAACUGGUGGGGCACGCGCGACCCGCACCAGAUCCGGGAGCGCAUCUUCGACUUCGACGACUGGAACAGCUACGCCAUCGCCCAGUUCAGUCCGUUCCUGACGUCCGACGCGCUGGCGGGGCCGGAGGAGAGCGAGCUGGAGCGCGAGCCGCAGCCGGACCCAGACAACCUGGGCGGCCGGAUACGGCGUAACCUGACCCUCAGGUGGCGGCCGCAGCCGUACGUGGUGCGGUCCGACAUCACCGUGCUGCCGGGCGCCACGCUGCGUCUGGAGCCGGGCGUCACGCUCGAGUUCUACCCGUCGGUCGGCCUGCUCGUGCUCGGCACGCUGCUGGCCGUCGGCGACGAGAAGCGGCGCGUCACGCUGCGCCCGCUGUCGCGCCAGGAGGUGCACUACCGCGUGGGCCGCGCCCUGGCGCAGCGCCAGCUCUGGGGACACGACGAGCGGCCGACGCGGCUGCGUCUGUGCGCCGCCGGCCGCUGCGGCGGCCACGCCGGCUUCCUCGAGCUCUUCAACGCCACCACGGUGCAGUGGGUGCCCGUGUGCGACCGGCGCUUCUCGGACCGCAACGCCGAGGUGGUUUGCCGCCAGCUGGGACGGCCCACGGUGAACGUGCACCUGCGCCACGGCCGGCGGGCCGAGUUCCACGCCAGCUCUGUGAGUCUGGUCACGGCCUGGCCGGAGCCGCUCGAGUGCGCCGGCACCGAGGCCGAGCUGAGCGCUUGUCGACUGCGCAUGACCGGCCGGCCGCUGCACGCCGUGCCGCGCUGCCACUGGCGCGACCGCUACGUCUUCGUCGAGUGCGGCGACAGCAACGUCAACGACACGACGCAGGCCUGGGGCGGGGUGCGCUUCGCCACGCCCAGCUUCGAGGUGCAGUCGUUCUUCGAGCGGCUGCACGAUGUGGAGACGCACGGCCGCCGCCGCACCCGCCAGUCUCAGCUGCACUUCGUGGACGUGGUCGGCGCCGGCUGGCUGCACGGAGAGAAGUCGCCGGCCGUGCUCAGCGUGUUCAUGUCCCCUGACGUGCGCGCCGUCACCGUCAGAAAUAGCCUGAGCGAUGGCGUCACCGUGGUCAACCCCACACACUCACUGGACUUCAUGCACCUCUGGGUGCACCACAACCUGGGGAUCGGCAUGAACACCAUCAUGCUGACGGGCGAGGCGCGCAGCUCGGGCCGCAGCUCGUUCGUCCCCAUCCAGCAGGUUGCCUUGCCCUACAACCUAUUUGGCAUGGUGGACAUGUGCGAUGCGCACAAGGAGAUCCAAGUGCAGGAGAGGAUCCUGGUCUACUACAAGUACGACAACAGACCAGUGGACUGCGUCAAGAUUUUCACAUCCGCCGCCCGCAUCAAAACCUUUGGAUUUAGGCUGCUGCAGUUUAACCUGGUGAACUCGACCGACGAGCCGCUGCUGACUCCCGACUUCCUCCGACUGUACGACGGCGACAUCUACAACGUGACGUCCCGGCGACUGGCGGAGCUGACGGCCGACGCCGCCGACCCCACCGUCUUCCACACCACCAACGAGACGUCGCUGAGCGUGCAGCUGCACGCCAGCGGCGCCGGCAGCAGGCACGGCUUCAUCGCCGAGGUCGUCACGCUGCCCGUCUCCUCGAUUGGCUUUAGUCGGGACGUGCGUCACAACGUCUCCUACUCGGAGAUAUCCGACAACGAGGGCGGCGGCAUCUCCUACAUGAACGCCGGCGAGAUCAACCCGACGCUGACUCUCGAGUGGAACCGGCUGCUGCGCAACGGCCGUCGCCUCUACGGCAACUUCACCUCCAGUCGCGCCGCCGUCAACGUGGACGUGCAGAACACGCAGCACCUCUACUUCACGAACAACGUGCUGCAGCACAACCAGGGUGGACUGCGGAUCCGCGCCGACUCCAGCGGCCUGGCCACGGCGCUCAAGGCCUACAUCUACCUCAACCUGUUCAGCGACAACGACGGCUGGUCCACGCUCUAUGUGGAGGGGCGCAAGACGUCACCGUACCAGGAGGCCAUCCUCUACUACAACUACUUCACCCGCGCCAACUGCACAUAUCAAAACGUGCUGGAAUUCGCCCAGGUGGUCGCCAACUUCAGCUACAAUCUGGUACACAACAAUCACGGCUUCCACAUCAUGAAGGUAUCCGGCUUCGAGCGCGUCCACUUGCCCAUCUACCAGAACUUCGCGCACAACGGCUUCUUGUGGAAUCACGCCACGGAUCCGGAGGAGCGCACCACCAUCCUGGCGGGCAGCGCCGGCCAGCAGUAUGUCGACAACGUGCUGGUCAACCCGCACAACAACUACGAACUGGUCACCAUUAACCGCACGCAGUAUGAGGUGUGGCGCACCCCACUGGACGCCCGCCACAACUGGUGGGGCUACAACGAGUCGCUAGCCAUCCAGGGACGCAUCAAGGACAAGCUAGACGGCCAGGGCUUGCUGGAAGUCAACUUCAGCAACUUCCACAUGAACAACAGAUCCCUGCUGAGCGGCAAGUGUCCGCCCGGCUGGACUCUGGUCGAUACCACCUGCUUCAUGUACAUGCCGGCACCCCUGAACUUCAGCGAAGCCAAGCAGUUCUGUCUGGACGACAACGCGUCGAUGCCGUACCUGCGGACCGACUACGAUCAGCUGGUGCGCUACAUCCGAGGCCGCCAGGAGCGCUACAACUGGCGGCUGGACCGCGUCUGGGUGCAGCACCUGGACAUAGUCAGCGGCUGCAGCUACUUCGUGCAGCGGCGCGUCGUCACUGGACGCUGUGACCUCCAGCUGCCCUUCCUCUGCGAAAUGGACCCGCGCGUGCACGCCGACCCGCUGUCAUGGACGCGCGACGACGUGGUGAUUGGCGUGCUGGGCGCCGGCGCGGCGGCCCUGCUCUUCCUGCUCGUCAUCCUGGUGCUGUGGGUGGCCAAGUCGCGGCACCGGCACCGUGAGAAGCUGCAGCGCCGCAACAGCAUUCGCAGCAGCGUGCGCAGCACCCGCUCGCUGGCCAGCAGCUUCUCGGACGUGUCCGGCGGCACCGGCUACCGGCGACGGCCGAACCCGAACCCGAUGCCAGACGGCGCCACCGGCGGUAGUAUCGACUCCAUCACCAAGCCGUCGUUCGACGAGACGCACUCGACGACAACUUUUGACGACCGGUUUGCUCAUGACCCGCGUCUGGAGAACGCCAACGUAGACGCGAUGGUGCACCCCACUUUCGACAUGGGCUACGAGAAUCGCGGCUACCUGGACCGAUCUACCUUCACGUCGCGGGGUUCGUCCCCGUGGGAAGCGGCGGGCGCCGGCGCCGCCGUCGAGCUGGAGCCCCGCAAAGCCCACCCGGCGGCCGACGAUUCGGGCGGCAGUGACUCGACGCUGGAGCUGAAGCGCCCGUUCGGCGACGAGGACGCCGGCUCGGACACGAUCCCCGUGUACCAGGGCGUAGCGGCGCAGCCGACGCCGUCGCCAGGUGGUGUACAGGUGGCCCGCUCGGCCGACCCCUUCCCGCGUAGCCCCAGUGUGGCGUCCGACGACUAUUUCCAGCAGGGCCGCACGCGCUCCCAGCCGCUCGAGACGGCCAUGUGAGCGGGGGCGCCCCCCGCCGGUCGCACCACCGAAGGCUAGCUGGCUGACUGGACAGCAGACCGGCCGCUCCGGCUGACCAGGCGGCAGACCGGCCGCUCCGGCCAGUGGCGGGCGUCCAGUGAACGGACGCCCGGCCUGAUCUGUGAUAUGUUUAUACUGGCGCUGCAGCAUCACACGUCGGAUCGGAAGCGGCCGGUGCAUUCGCGUGAGGUUGUCUGGCGGCGCUAUCCUCUACGCCUCAUCACUGCCCAGUAUCGACGCUGGCGGUAUCCGCCGCCUCACUGCUGAGAAGGGGGGUGCACUGCUGCAGCGUGUUCCUUGCGGUCCCAAGUGCUAGACAUGUUGCCCCCGUCUCAGAAUCGUGGACGUAUGUGUGAGACACGUGUGAAUAGUUGAAAAUCACGUCAUACUGAAGCGUAUAUUGUGUAUAUUUUUAAAGAGGGCGAGUGGGCUCCAGUGUUCCAAUGUUUAUAUCAUGCUACAUCACGAAUAUGGUAUGCAUUGAUCAUCAACCAUUCCACUCAUCACGAUUCCGUCCAUAUUAAGCGAGAGGCAGGGUUGUAUUUAAAAGUGGAUCACAAUAAAGUGUUAUCAUGGGAAAUGGUUGCGCACAGCAGCGAACAUUGCCACGGGGGUUUAUCGACCGUGAAACAAACUUUCGCGGCAGUUGUGUAAUAUCUAAAGGGCGAAUGGUAUGUCUGCCCUGAUGUGAAGCGUGCUUUCCAGGCUCCGCUUCCGUCUUUUCGCGUCGUUUCACCGAUAUUCCUCAUCAAAGUAUGUGCUCCCGUCUCCACCGUGCGACUGGUCCCCAACGCUGGGGCCCUAGCCUCGGUCAGCUGGGUCACUAGCCUCCAGCGGUUGGAGUUUAGCCCCAAGCCGUGUCAAUGACGCGGCCUUCAUCGUUGGUAGGUGAUGGUAUCGCUGUCUGCCUCUGGCGUUUGCAUCUGUCUCCGCGCCCGCGUACUGUCUAGUCAUAAAGGACAGCGGAGGGUGGCGCCCACAGCCGCCAGAUGCGUGCGACUUUGUUUACAGGGCGCAGGUGGACAUGUUGUGGUGGCACACGUUUUCUACAAAUAUACAUACUUUAU